AUGUUUUGAAAUACAGUAAAACUAUGGUUGUCUGAGAGAAUGUGGGGACUGAUGAUAUAUUUGGAACGGCCUGGUUUUUGAUAAAUAUCCAUUAGUAUGGGUGUGUUGAGCGGGGGGAGAUUACUUAGAUCAGUAAAUGCCGAAGGUAGCUGGGAUAUUUAUUAAACUUGGCUUUGGGACUCAGAUUGUCUGAUAAUCAGUGACUUAUCGUGGUGUUAGUAGAAAUAGAAUAUACUGAUUGCUGGUGCUUGAGGCUUUUAAAAGUGGAUGGUUGGUUAAUGCUUUGGUGGAAAUUGAAUUAUUUCUGUUAAUAAAAUAAAUAUCCACCUUUAUGGUUGAAUGAAUGUCUCCUGCAAAUCCUUAUUAGAAUAUAGCAAAUCUUUUAAAGGCAUAAGGAGUAGAUGUUAGUAAUGUAUCUUUAAUAAAGCUCAGAAUAUUAAUAGUAUUCCAUGCAGUUGUUUGAUUCGUUAAGAAAAUCUGUGUCUGGGAUUUUGGUUUUUCUUUACUUGUCCCUUGCCUUUCUCAGCUCUCUGUCCCUUUUCCCUUCCUUUCUUGGUCCCUCUCUCCCUUUUGCCAUUUGUAUUUAUAUAGGAGAAACAGUGUGAAGGUGCUCUUGAAAGAAUAUUUUUUUAUUGCUUUAUAAUUAAUUGAGGUGAUCUUAUUUGUACGUGGAAAAAUGGAGGCUAUUAAAUAUAUGGCUCUGUUCAAACUCUAAAUAACGUUUAAACGUGUAGGUUCUUGAGAAUCAGGCAGAUAGUGAGGCAUUCUGAUGAACCAAGUGAUUUAUAUUUGUAGAGUCCGUAGGUCUUACUUGGUUAUGAACUAAUAUCUGAAAAUGUGGCCUUUAACUGGAAGAGAAGUAACUACGUGAAUGUUGAAUCUUGAAUAGGUAUCCAGUUACAUUGUUGGUAUAGCUGUUAAAGUUUUUGUGAUCCGUUCUUGUUCUUGGUGAUACAUCUUUUCCAAAAGGAAAAAGUUACCAUUUUUGAUGUUAAAGUAGGAUUUUAAAAUUUAAUGUUUUGAGUGUACCAUUUCAUAUGGAGAAACAUGCUUGAAUAUGUUUGUGAAUUGAAUUAUAGAUAAACUGUUUUAACAAUCAUGAGGGACUUGUCUGUAAGAAGCUGAUGGUGAGUCUUUUUUUAAGUCAAAGGUAAUUGAGUAAUAAUCAUCUCCCGACUGUGUCUCUCUCUUCUACAUGGACACGUGUGUACGUAUGUAUUUGAUUGUAUGUAUUAGAAGUACACCGAUUAUGCGUUCUUUCUGAGGGCCUCGUUAAGGUCAACAGUAUGCCAAGGCUGAGUACGAUCAUUAGAGAGAAAUCAGUAGGGAUGUUUACAGAAAGUUCUUAGAAUUUUAUGAAAAUUUUUUGCUUUCAGAUUUUAUAAGCUUGACCUUUUGGUGCAGGAACAGUUUCUCAGCACUGUCCCCACUCCCGGAUUGUUCCUUGGGCACUUUACUGCACAUUGACUAUACCAAGUAGAUGCUCACUUUCAACUGAGGAGGAGAGACUUCAGCAUGCAAACCUUCAUCCGUUCGGCUUGCACCGUCGUUUUCAUUCCAUGCUGCUGGCCUUCAGAUGGCUGGACAGAUGCCCCAUUCACAUCAGUACAGUGACCGUCGCCAGCCAAACAUAAGUGACCAACAGGUUUCUGCCUUAUCUUAUUCUGACCAGAUUCAGCAACCUCUAACUAACCAGGUGAUGCCUGAUAUUGUCAUGUUACAGAGGCGGAUGCCCCAAACCUUCCGUGACCCAGCAACCGCUCCCCUGAGAAAACUUUCUGUUGACUUGAUCAAAACAUAUAAGCAUAUUAAUGAGGUUUACUAUGCAAAAAAGAAGCGAAGACACCAACAGGGUCAGGGAGACGAUUCCAGUCAUAAGAAGGAGCGGAAGGUUUACAAUGAUGGUUAUGAUGAUGAUAACUAUGAUUAUAUUGUAAAAAACGGAGAAAAGUGGAUGGAUCGUUACGAAAUUGACUCCUUGAUAGGCAAAGGUUCUUUUGGACAGGUUGUAAAAGCAUAUGAUCGCGUGGAACAAGAAUGGGUUGCCAUUAAAAUAAUAAAGAACAAGAAGGCUUUUCUGAAUCAAGCCCAGAUAGAAGUGCGACUUCUUGAGCUCAUGAACAAACAUGACACAGAAAUGAAGUACUACAUAGUGCAUUUGAAGCGCCACUUUAUGUUUCGGAACCAUCUCUGUUUAGUUUUUGAAAUGCUGUCCUACAACCUCUAUGACUUGUUGAGGAAUACCAAUUUUCGAGGUGUCUCUUUGAACCUAACACGGAAGUUUGCACAGCAGAUGUGCACUGCACUGCUUUUCCUUGCCACUCCAGAACUUAGUAUCAUUCACUGUGACCUAAAACCAGAGAAUAUCCUUCUCUGUAACCCGAAACGCAGUGCAAUCAAGAUUGUGGACUUUGGCAGUUCUUGCCAGUUGGGGCAGAGGAUAUACCAGUAUAUUCAGAGUCGCUUCUACCGGUCUCCAGAGGUGCUACUGGGAAUGCCUUAUGACCUUGCUAUCGACAUGUGGUCCCUCGGGUGUAUUCUGGUUGAAAUGCACACUGGAGAACCUCUGUUCAGUGGUGCCAAUGAGGUAGAUCAGAUGAAUAAAAUAGUGGAAGUUCUGGGUAUUCCACCUGCUCAUAUUCUUGACCAAGCACCAAAAGCAAGAAAGUUCUUUGAGAAGUUGCCAGAUGGCACUUGGAACUUAAAGAAGACCAAAGAUGGAAAACGGGAGUACAAACCCCCAGGAACCCGUAAACUCCAUAAUAUCCUUGGAGUAGAAACAGGAGGACCUGGUGGGCGCCGUGCUGGGGAGUCGGGUCAUACAGUAGCUGACUACUUGAAGUUCAAAGACCUCAUUUUAAGGAUGCUUGAUUAUGACCCCAAAACUCGAAUCCAACCGUACUAUGCCCUGCAGCACAGUUUUUUCAAGAAAACAGCUGAUGAAGGUACAAAUACAAGUAAUAGCGUAUCCACGAGUCCGGCGAUGGAGCAGUCACAGUCUUCAGGCACCACCUCUAGUACAUCUUCAAGCUCAGGUGGAUCAUCGGGGACGAGCAACAGUGGGAGAGCGCGGUCAGACCCGACGCACCAGCACCGGCACAGCGGGGGGCACUUCACAGCCGCAGUCCAGGCCAUGGACUGUGAGACCCACAGCCCCCAGGUGCGUCAGCAAUUUCCCGCUCCUCUUGGUUGGUCGGGCACUGAAGCUCCUACACAAGUCACUGUUGAAACUCAUCCUGUUCAAGAAACAACCUUUCAUGUAGCCCCUCAACAGAAUGCAUUGCAUCAUCACCAUGGAAAUAGUUCCCAUCACCAUCACCAUCACCACCACCACCACCACCACCAUGGACAACAAGCCUUGGGUAACCGGACCAGGCCAAGGGUCUACAAUUCUCCAACGAAUAGCUCCUCUACCCAGGAUUCUAUGGAGGUUGGCCAUAGUCACCACUCCAUGACAUCCCUGUCUUCCUCAACUACUUCUUCCUCUACAUCUUCCUCCUCUACUGGUAAUCAAGGCAAUCAGGCCUACCAGAAUCGCCCAGUGGCUGCUAAUACCUUGGACUUUGGACAGAAUGGAGCUAUGGACGUUAAUUUAACCGUCUACUCCAAUCCCCGCCAAGAGACUGGCAUAGCUGGACAUCCAACAUACCAAUUUUCUGCUAAUACAGGUCCUGCACAUUACAUGACUGAAGGACACCUGACAAUGAGACAAGGAAUUGAUAGAGAAGAGUCUCCUAUGACAGGAGUUUGUGUUCAACAAAGUCCUGUAGCUAGCUCGUGACUAAAUUGAAACUUGAGUUUGUUUCUUGUGUGUUUUUAUAGAAGUGGUGUUUUUUUCCAAAAACAAAGUGCAAAGCUGCUUGAAUCAGAAGGAGAUUAACACACUGAACCGCUACAAGAGGGCAAAGCUGACCCCCCCUUUUUUUUUUUUUUUUAACUUGAAAAGAUUGCAGAGGGACAAUGAAGUUUUUUAAAGAGCCAUGUCCAAACCCAUCUUCACGGAUAGCUCAGAGGUAGUACCUCUCCUUUUGCCUCCCCUAUUUUAACUUGCCACAUCCCAAUCAUAGUGGGGUUUUUUGUCUUUCUAUUCAGCAGAAGUUAAUGGUCAGAUGUUGGUCUUGGUCAUUUGCCAACUAAUUUUAAAAUAAAAAGGCACUGCACAUAAUUUGCAUCAAGGGCCCCAUGAGGGUGUCCCCCCCCCCCCGCCCCCGUUUGUUUUCGUUUUGUUUUUUCCUUUCCUCCCCGUUUUUGUUUUGUUCUGUUUUGGGUGGGGGUGGGGAAUUUGGGUUUGUAAGUCCUCUAAACACACUUGGGCACGGAAAUGCAGUACUGUAGGGAAGAGGGACCUCCAGCUGACACAAACAUCAUCUUCAGCUGUACGAAAGGGACGGUUGUGUUGAAGUUUGUAAGGCACAGUAAGCAUGCUAAGUGGCGGGGAUCAGAACUCUCCUGUCUGAACCUACUGAGGAGCAAAGCAGCAAUGACGUGGGACUCUGUGGGCCUCCUGUUUUUCGAGGCAGCAGGGAGAUAGUAAUGGAACGUGACUGGUCUCCUAACCAAGGUGCACUGAGAAGCAAUCAACGGGUCAGUCAUGGCCAGUCCUGGGGAGGUCUGAGUGGUGGUCUUUGGGAUAACCUUUGGCCUUAUGGAUUUGGACUCUAAAUUAGAAGAGCCUGCCAUUUCAGAUGCAAUCACUUUUGGACAUGCUUUUGCAGACAGUCCUUAAUGCUGAAAACACAGAGAAUGGGUAAUUCAAGAGGCCUUUCUUUUAAAAUAGACUUUUGUGACCCACUAAUUGUAAGGUAUUGCAAGGUCACUUUGCGUGUGUCAUAAAGUUGACUUCUUUAUUGGUUGAAGGUCACAGAAGUAGUGGUUUGCUUUGACGAAAAUAGCUACAGCUGUGUCCCUUCCUGCUUUUUACUUUUUCUUUUGCUUUUUCUCGGCACGUGGUAUCUCCACCAUUUCUUCUGCACAACGAUGUCUUCUGUUCAUCCUGAACGUUUUUAAAAAAUGCAGAAUUUUAUGUGACUGCUUUUUUGCCUCACAAUUAUGCUGUGAAUUUUACAAAAAUUUAUUUUCUUUUUUGAUAAUUUAUUGUACCAAAGCUGUUUUUAUAGCACAUAGAUGUCUGUAACCAAUAAUGUAGCAGUUCUGCACUUUGACACAAGGUGUAACUAGACCAUUUUUAAAUGUCAGUUGAAAAUUAUGGCUGUACUAUUGCUUAAACAAAACUGGAACUGUUGUUGAAUCCAUAGCCAAUACAUUUACAGCAAUCUGUGUACUGAACAUAACAGAUUGACAUCUAACUCAAGAUUGCAACAUCUGUUACAUUAUAAUGUGUUCAGGCUUCUGAAGGGAAAGGGACACUGGAUCCAGAAGCUGUGGAGCCAGCAGUUGAUUCUCGUGGUCCUGAUGAACCCACUUGUAAACUUGAAAGCAAGACCUUGACUGCACCAGCAGGUCCCGAAUAUGAGCUGGAGUAAAGCAGAACCCUCACCCACGACCUGAAGGUAACAGGCUGGUAUUGAACAGGUGCCUAGUUUUGAGAUUAUGCUGCCUUAAUGUAACACAGUCUGGCAGUUGCUCAAUUUGUGUUCCCAUUUUAAAUUGAUCAGUUUUAGAGAGUUAUACUUUUGAGUGGUUGACUUGGGAGAAUGGCGAUAAGUAAUGUUAUCUGUCCAGGGUCAAAAGAAGCCUAGAAAAGAAGCAGUAAUCUACCUCUGCCAAUAAACCCUGUUCAAAACAGCUCAGCAGAACACCACAUUACUUUUUAUUGGUCAAUUCCAUGUGGCUGACAAGGUCCAGUUUUUCUGAACAAAAGCAGGUUUUUAUAUGUAAACAGUGACAAAAAGAAAGGGUUACAACUAUGUAAAAAUGUGAAUGGAAACUUGGAAAUACCGUUUUUAUAAACCACAAAAUUUUUUGUUGUGAAUCAGGAAACCCAUAUUUAUUUUGUAAUUAAAUGUCAAGCCUGUGGAUGAUUUUUGAACUUGGUAGUUCAUAAAGGUUUACAGUAAAUAAAAGGAUAUCAUCUUGAGUAUAGCAAUAUCCAAAGGAAUUCAGUAGUUACUGCUGUUUAGGAAUAUAAGGUUCAGAUAUUAUAUGGGUCAGGUCAUUUUUUUCUGUGCUGGUUGCCACAGCAAGCACCAAAAACAAAAGCAGUUUUUAAACCGAUAUUUACAUAAAGAAAAUCACACAUACGAUCCACUGCUUCUGCAUACUGUGUUAUGUUACAGUCCAGUUUUGUGUGCUUUACUACACAGUUUGGUUACAGGACUCCUGUGCAUUGUAAACAUAAACAGCAUGGAAAAGGUUAAAUACCUGUGUUCAGAUUGUAAGAUCUAGUCCGGACUUGCUGUGUAUAUUGUAACGUUAAAUGAAAAAAGAACCCCCUUUGUAUUAUAGUCAUGCGGUCUUAUGUAUGAUAAACAGUUGAAUAAUU